GAAGUAUUUAUAAAAACCGUUUAAUUUCGUUUUUGGUUCAUUUUCCACAACAUUGCACAAAAACACAUUCCAUUUUUUGGCUCCCAAAACACCAAUCAACCAUGGCCGAUAUACUAUCUGAGGAACAAAUCGCCGAGUUCAAAGAGGCUUUCACCCUCUUUGACAAGGAUGGCAAUGGUUGUAUCACAACCAGCGAGCUUGGAAAUAUUAUGAGGUCUCUAGGCCAAAACGUUACAGAGGCAGAGCUUCGACAAAUGGUGACUGAUGUGGAUGUGGAUAAUAAUGGUACAAUUGAGUUUCCAGAAUUCCUUGAAAUAAUGGCUCGGAAGCUUAAGGACAGUGCUGCUGAGGAAGAGCUCAAGGAAGCUUUCAGUGUGUUUGACAAAGAUCAGAACGGCUUCAUUUCGGCAGCUGAGCUUCGAAAUGUUAUGACAAAUCUUGGUGAGAAGCUAACGGAUGACCAAAUUAAUGAGAUGAUUCGUGAGGCAGAUGUUGAUGGAGAUGGCGAAAUCAACUACAAAGAGUUUGUCAAAGUCAUGAUAGCAGCCAGAAGAAGGCUAAAGAAAUCAGAAGAGAUAAGCAAGGGAAGCAAGACUUGUAAUGGAGGAAAUGACAGUAGCUGCAAAAAACGGUCGCGUAAUAAACAAGAACACACAUUCCAUUUGCUCUGGCUCCCAAAACACCAAUCAACCAUGGCCGACUUAUUAUCUGAAGAACAAAUGAAUGAGAUCAAAGAGGCCUUCAACAUCUUCAACAAGGAUGGCAGUGGUUGUAUUAGAGCCAGCGAGCUUGGGAAUGCUAUGCGGACUCUAGGCCUAAGUCCUACAGAGGCAGAGCUUCAAGAAAUGGUGAAUUAUGGGGAUGUGGAUGAGAAUGGUACAAUUGCCUUUUCAGACUUCGCUCAAAUAGUUGCUCGAAAGCAGAACAGUGCUGCUGAGGAAGAGCUCAAGGAAGCUUUCAGUGUGUUCGACAGAGAUCAAAACGGCUUCAUUUCCGCGGCUGAGCUUCGACAUGUUAUGGCAAAUAUUCGUGAGAAGCUAACUGAAGAGGAAAUUAAUGAGAUGGUUAAUAAGGCUGAUACUGAUGGGGAUGGCCAAAUCAACUACAAAGAUUUUGUCGAAGUUAUAAUGGCCAAUUUGGUGAUGAAUAACAGAAGAAGGCAAAAGAAAUUUGAAGAGAAGAGCAAGGGAAGCACUUAUUGGAAAGAAGGAAAUGGCAAGAGCAGCAAUAAACCCCAAGUUAAACAACGUUGUCCAAUCCUCUAAAUUCAAUUAUUACAAAUAUAUGGUUCCCAAUAUCAUGAUAAUUGUAUAUUAUUUGGGUUUUACCCAUUAAGAUACAUCAUAUCAAAAUGGACCGAAUUUUCUACUUGUAUAAGCUUGUGAUUUUAAUUUCCGAUAUAAUAAAAAACGUGAUUAAUAUCUUUGCCUUUC